CGCUGCCGCCGUCGCUGCUGCCGCCGUUGCUGCUGCUGCUCCGUGUGCUGCCGCCGCUGAGCUCGUCCUCUCGCUGCACCGCAUCCAGGUUUGAAGAUGGCUUCUUCUUCCUCCUACAACCUAGAAGAAGAUGAGAGCCUGAAAGGAUGUGAACUCUAUGUCCAGAAGCAUAAUAUUCAACAGCUUUUGAAAGAGUGCAUUGUAAACCUUUGCAUCUCCAAACCUGACCGUCCCAUGAAAUUUCUUCGGGAGCAUUUUGAAAAAUUAGAAAAGGAGGAAUGCAAGCAAAUCUUGGCCCGUCAGAAGCUGAACUCCCAGUCAGACUCCCAUGAUGAUGAGAUUUCUCCUCCUCCUCCAAAUCCUGUCGUGAAGGCGCGUUGCAGACGAGGUGGUGUGAGUGCUGAAGUGUACACCGAAGAAGACGCUGUCUCCUACGUGAGAAAGGUGAUCCCAAAAGACUACAAAACAAUGACUGCCUUGGCAAAGGCCAUCUCUAAGAAUGUGCUCUUCGCUCACCUUGAUGACAAUGAGAGGAGUGACAUAUUUGAUGCUAUGUUUCCUGUCACUCAUAUUGCUGGAGAAACAGUCAUACUGCAAGGAGAUGAAGGUGAUAAUUUCUAUGUCAUUGAUCAAGGAGAAGUUGAUGUGUACGUGAAUAUGGAAUGGGUGACCAACAUUGGGGAAGGAGGCAGUUUUGGAGAACUUGCGCUGAUCUAUGGCACACCAAGGGCUGCCACUGUCAAAGCCAAGACCGACCUCAAACUUUGGGGCAUCGAUCGGGAUAGCUACAGGCGCAUUUUGAUGGGCAGCACUCUGAGAAAACGGAAGAUGUAUGAGGAAUUCCUGAGCAAAGUCUCCAUCUUGGAAUCACUGGAUAAGUGGGAACGACUGACAGUGGCUGAUGCAUUGGAACCUGUCCAGUUUGAAGAUGGAGAAAAAAUUGUGGUUCAGGGACAACCAGGGGAUGACUUUUUCAUCAUUACUGAGGGCACAGCUUCUGUUCUUCAGCGCAGGUCUGAUAAUGAGGAGUAUGUGGAGGUUGGAAGACUCGGGCCAUCAGAUUACUUUGGAGAGAUAGCCCUGUUGCUCAACCGUCCUCGGGCAGCCACGGUGGUGGCCCGUGGACCACUGAAGUGUGUGAAACUUGAUCGUCCUCGUUUUGAGCGAGUGCUCGGUCCCUGCUCGGAAAUCCUGAAGAGAAACAUUCAGAGAUACAACAGCUUCAUCUCCCUUACCGUUUAAGGGAGUCCUUCCUUCUUCCUAACCCCCUCCAAUAUCUGCCUGCCUUUAAAUGUUAACCUUGUAUCUCAUAGGUUUGACCUGGGCCAUUUCAUAGCUUUACCAAGUCAUGUAGUUUUUGGUGACUCUUUAUGUUUCUGUCUGAUGCACUGGAGAGAAUUGACCAUAUUUAGUGUCAGGGAAGACAGUGGAUUUGGAUGAGAUUCACUUUUUGGCACCUUGGAUGAAUUCUAAGAUUUGUGGCUCACAUAUCUGGGAAUAAAAUACUCACCUUGUACAUUUUGUUUGUUUGUUUUAAGUACUACCCCCCCUACUUUAUAGAUAUACUUUAUCCCAUUCAUUAUUUACAGUAAUCCCACGAGUUAGAGAAUUCAUGUAUUAUUGUCCUAUUUUACAGGCAAGUAAACUGAGGAUCAGUGAGAGUGAAUGCCUUGUCCAAGAUAGCACACCUAGGAAAUGGCAGUCUGGAUUUGAACCCAGGUCUUUCACUGAUAAUCCAUUGCUUUUCCCACUGUACCAGACUGCCAAAGAAAGAACAGUCUUUUCUUUCAGCUGAAUUGAUCAAAAAAAGGUAUUUCUCCAACCUGAAAAUGAGAGAGCGUGCUCCUAGGUUUUUCACAUGAGAGGCAGUGAGAAAGGCCACAGCAUUCUAGAACUCUCCAAUGUUGAACCCUAGGUCAUUUUGUUUGUCAUUUAAACUGGCAGUCUUUCUAACUCUGGUUUGCAAAUGAGGUCUUGAAAGGAUGGGUUUGUUGUUUUGUGGACAGUAAGCAAUACUUGGGUGGGUCUCCUUGGUAUAAAAAAGGGGGAAA